AUGGCUGCUCCAAUUUCCACUGUCGCAGAGAGCAAGGAGCUCCGAGGACUGAACCUCAUCGCCGCCCAUUCGCAUAUCAGAGGUCUUGGGGUGGAUGCGGACUCUUUGCAGCCCCGAGGGGCUUCCCAGGGCCUGGUUGGACAGGAAAAGGCCCGCAAGGCCGCCGCGGUUAUUCUACAGAUGGUGAAGGAAGGCAAGAUCGCGGGUCGCGCGGUCCUCAUCGCAGGACCUCCUAGCACCGGAAAGACCGCCAUCGCGAUGGGUAUGGCUCAGUCGCUGGGCUCUGACGUGCCUUUCACCAUGCUUGCUUCCUCGGAGAUCUUCUCGAUGGAAAUGUCCAAGACGGAGGCUCUUACCCAGGCCUUCCGCAAGUCCAUUGGAGUGCGGAUCAAGGAAGAAAGUGAGAUCAUUGAGGGCGAGGUUGUCGAGAUCCAGAUUGACCGCAGUGUCACUGGGGGCAACAAACAAGGAAAGCUCACAAUCAAGACCACCGACAUGGAGACGAUUUACGAUAUGGGCACAAAGAUGAUUGAUUCGAUGACCAAGGAACGGGUUAUGGCUGGAGAUGUUAUCUCGAUUGACAAGUCUUCUGGCAAGAUCACCAAGCUUGGUCGGUCUUACGCUCGUUCGCGCGACUACGACGCCAUGGGCGCCGACACCAAGUUUGUCCAAUGUCCAGAGGGAGAGCUGCAGGUGCGCAAGGAGAUCGUUCAUACCGUUAGUCUUCACGAGAUCGACGUGAUCAACUCGCGGUCACAAGGGUUCUUGGCGCUCUUCUCGGGUGACACUGGCGAGAUUCGCAGUGAGGUCCGAGACCAGAUCAACACCAAGGUGGCUGAGUGGAAAGAAGAGGGCAAGGCGGAAAUUAUUCCGGGUGUCCUGUUUAUUGAUGAAGUGCACAUGCUCGAUAUUGAGUGCUUCUCAUACAUUAAUCGUGCUUUGGAAGCUGAACUAGCACCCAUUGUCAUCAUGGCCAGCAACCGUGGCCAAGCUCGCAUCCGUGGAACCACCUACACCUCUCCUCACGGCUUGCCUCUUGAUUUCCUUGACCGGGUUGUCAUUGUCAGCACCGCACCAUAUUCCGGUGAUGAAAUCCGUCAAAUCCUUGCUAUUCGUGCCCAGGAAGAAGAAAUUGACGUCUCUCCAGACGCCCUAGCUCUUCUGACCAAGAUUGGCCAGGAGUCAAAUCUCCGUUAUGCUAGCAACAUCAUCACCACUUCCCACCUGUUGAGUCAGAAGCGCAAGGCCAAGGAAGUCAGCGUUGACGAUGUUCAGCGCAGCUUCCGACUGUUCUACGACCCGGCCCGCAGUGUCAAGUUCGUCAGCCAGUAUGAGCAGCGUUUCAUCGGUGAUCAGGGCACAGUUUCAUUUUCCACGGCCACCAACGGUGAUGCCAUGGAGAUUUCAUAA